AUGGGAAUGGGGAUAUUACAUAUGUUAAAUGACGAGCUACUACAAGAAGACUCUGCAGCAUAUAAAAACUUUUUACGGCUAACUAACCACCAAUUUGAAAAACUGUUGCGAUUGGUAGAACCACAUAUCAGUCGCCAAGAUACUGUUAUGAGGCAAUGUGUUUCAGCGAGAAGCAGGCUUGAACUUACGCUUCGCUUUCUUGCAACCGGAGAGUCUUACCGUUCGUUGAUGUAUUCUAGUAGGAUACAUGAAUCAACCAUUUCUCUAUUCAUUCCUGAAGUUUGUGAAGUCAUAUUUAAUGUUUUAAAAGAUGAGUUUUUAAUGACUCCAUCUACUCCCGAAAGUUGGCAAUCAAUUGCUGAUCAGUUUAUGGAACUAUGGCAAUUUCCUCAAUGUGUAGGGGCGCUUGACGGACGUCAUAUUACAUUUAGAUCUCCAAAAUCGGCUGGAUCAUUUUACCACAAUUACAAAGGGGAUCAUUCACUAGUAUUAUUGGCAAUGGCCGAUGCGUGCUGCAAAUUUACAUACAUUAACAUUGGUGUUAAUGGUAGAAUAAGUGAUGGUGGAGUGUUUCGUGAUUGUACUCUGUCAAAAGCAAUUCAAAACAAUUCGUUAAAUUUUCCACAAUCUCGACCAUUACCAGGAUCCAGUAACAAUGUUCCAUAUGUGAUAGUUGCAGACGACGCAUUUCCACUGUCCACAAGAAUAGUAAAACCUUAUCCACAACGAGGUUUAUCUCACGACAAGAAGAUAUUUAACUAUCGGUUAUCAAGGGCACGACGUAUCAUUGAACAUGCAUUUGGUAUUCUUCCCAACAGAUUUAGAGUAUUGUUAAAUCCGAUAUGUCUGUCACCAAAUAAAGUAGAAAAAAUUACUUUAGCUUGUGUGGCACUACAUAACUAUUUAUGUACAAAUAGUGGACAAUUUUAUACUGAUUUUGACGAAGCAUCAAUUAUCACAUUGGAUACAUGGAAACCACAGGGAACAAAUCGAACUUCCAGAUCAGCAUUAUCUGUGAGGGAUGAAUACAAAAAUUACUUUUGA